AUGGCACAAAGAGAGAUUCCCGGAUUCUACUAUGAUGCUGAGAAGGGCAAGUACUUCAAAGUGCAGGCGAAUCAUGUAGCACCGCCGGGAGCAAAGUACUCGCAUGAGAAUGUGAAGAAGGAGAAGGAAUUGUCUAGAAAACGCAAACGCUCCGCCGCCCACCAANAAAAACGCGAAACACAAACCGUGCGUCGCUCCAAAAUCCUCUCUUCACCAUCUUCCGCCGGCAUAGGUCUCUGGCGCGAACAAGGCAGCUCCCACUUCUCCGCCUACGAAUCCCGCAUCUCUGCCCUCUGCUCACAAUUCUCCGGCUACGAAACGUUAUCCCUCAAGAGUUGCGAAAGUUGCGGUAAACGCGACAACAUUCAUGACUUUUUCAUUGACGAGGAACUGGAUGCGAUUUUGAUGGCGUUGGGGAGCAGGAAUUUUGGGAGGGUGCAGUUUAUUGGUGGACAGCAGAGUAAUGCGUAUGAUAUUGCGGCGUUUCGGUCAGAUAUCAGUAGUGUGGCGGUUUCGGCAUCAAGGACGCUAGUGGCGACGAGCUAUGACAGAGCACAUCCUGGCAAUGUAUUUGUGGCAGGAAUGGCGGGCAGUAUCGAUACGGAAGGAGGACCACCUAUCUUGGAUUCGCCGGCGCCGAGUUACUCGAUGCUGGGCAAAGCAGAAACGGCACUUUGGAUAGCGAGUCCAUGUCCCGCGGGUUCGGCGAGGGAUGUCAUUGCUAUCGGCAGCAGUGAGGGAGUGUACAUGAUGAGCUCANACGGGGAUCCUCUGCAACACCAUCCACUUAACGAAGACAUACGCUCAAUCGACUGGCUGACGCCUGAUGUGGCUGUCGGAGGCACAAAGUCAGGGCCCGUAUACCUCUGGGACGCACGAGCUCAAGGCUCCUCUCUACGCUUCAAGCACAGCAGCGGCGUAACCGGUGUCCGCAGCCUCCACGACGGCUCCCGCGUUCUCGUCUCCGGCUUUUCUUCCACAUCAAUCUACGACACACGCAUGAUUUCCACACCCAAAAACUCUGCUUCUCCAUCUCCAGCCCUUUUGCGCGUCGCACCCACAAAAACAGAGUUUCCAACGCAAGCCAUGGAUGUGCUUGCUGAUGCAAAUCUGUUGGCUACUUCUGACGAUGACAAUGUAAUUCAAUUGCAUUCACUGUGUAGUGGGAAGUUGAUGGGCACAUUGCAAGGAGCCAAUCCGCGCAAGGACAUGGGCAGGAUUCAUCGACUUAGGUUUUUGAAGACGCAUGAUGGGAGACCGACGUUGAUAGCUUGUCAAGGCUCGAGGUUGUUUGAGUGGUCUUGGGGUGGUGCUUUGGAUGAUGAGGGAUGA